CGGUGAGAAACGGUUCAAGGAUUCGUUGCCUUUUUCGGACCGUUUCUCUGAGACAGACUCACUUGCUCGAGCUCGAAGGAAAUUUUCUGAGACUUUGCCGAAGCCACUCACAAACAGUCAAAAGAAGAGUUUAUUUGCGUCUUCUCAAGCAACUACCGUAUUAAUACCUACACUACCUUCGCUUUGCCCCACGUCUUGUUCCGAUAAGGCCAAUGAAUUUCGAAGUCAACCCGCAGAAUGCUCGACUUGCUGACGCCAACGUGCGUGGCCGCCAAGACUUCUUUGUCUCGAACGCCGAGACAAACUCGGAAACGUUGAAGCUUGUUGUCACUGGCAGUGAAGCAAAGGGCUUCGAUGUAUUCGACGCGACUCUCGUCGAAAACAACCCCCGUGUUCUCACAUCAGAACAUGAUGCUUUUAUGGGAUCCAUCGGAGCCAACGGGGGCACGGUGGAGUACAUCGGUUCGGACGGUCGUUUCAAGGCCGUCCUCGUUGGUGAGGUUUCUUGGUGGACGGCUUUGUUUCAAGCCAUCCUGUACACUUUCAUGGAGUUACUGUCGAACAAGUUUACCGCCCAGCUCAAAUGGACCCACGUGUUCGUUUUCGGUGGUCUUGAGGAAGGGGCGCCGAAAGGGAUUGCGAAGUCUCUCGACGAAGUGUCCGGCAACGAAAACAUAGGGACCGGAGCCGUAAUCAAUGGUUCGCAUGGCCGAGUCGGCGCUGGACCGCCCCGAGACCGCGUUGUGGUAUUUACAGCCGCAACUGGCGCUUUGGAAUACAAGGAUGGUCUUCCUCACGAUGUCGCCCUAAGCUUUGCACUUGGAAUGGGCAUGCUUCAGCAAAAGCGUUGCCGCCGUAUCACUUGGGCUGGUCGGGUGGGAGGCUUGUUCUUGGCGGCUGUGGCUUUCAUGGCUAUCCCUGCCUUUUUUGUGGCUUUGUACUGCCUAUUCAUCAUUGUCUACAGCGCUAUCGCCAAGGCUCCUCAAGAAAGAGCUCUUCGCUACUGCUGGCCUCAAGGAUUCCAGUGCUUUCUCUUUGGUGAUUACGUGAGAUGCCCGUUGCAUUUUGAUAACCUCGGCGUGCCCGUGAAGGAAACGUGUGAUGGCAAGUUUUACUGUGGUGCCACACCGAUUCCCGAGUGGAUUGUCGAGAAAGGAGACUUUGACUGUGCAUUGUGGGAAGCCGACGCCGCAGAAUGCCUCCUCUUCGGUGAUGAUCUCAAUUAGUGAGAUCCUAUCGUGUCUGCAAAAGAAUUCUUGCUACAAGUAUUGAACGAUGAUACAGGACAAGUCAAUCCAAAGUUUGACUACAGCUACGUCUAUCAGCAUGUCUCUUUUUAAAAUCAAUAAUUAAUUGCUUAUUGUCUAC